AUGGAAACAACUCCCUCACUCCGUCUAAGAACUCAAACUCCAGUACCACGAGAACGUCCUCUACCAUCUCCACCAGAAAGGCUUGUAUCUCCUUCCCUCCUGCUGCCACCGCCACUCGUGCCCAUGGAAAAAUCACGUCAUCAUAACUGUUUCUGUGAUUUUUGUUUUCCACGUUCUGGUGUUAAGAGUGCUGUUGACUACGAAAAUGAUAGUAACAAUCUAAGAUUUCUGGAAUUAGGCCAAAGUCUUAUCGAUCGUCCGCAUGGUAUCGGCGUAUUACCGCCGUACGGUAUAUGGUUAUCGGAAAAACCAAAAUUUACCGCAUGUGAACAACAUUGGAUUCGACGUGAACAUGGUUCAUACCCACCAAAAGACUUUAAAAUGAAAACGAACGACGACAUCACUGAACAAGCAAAUAGAGAAGAACUUAUAAAUACUCGGUGA